UUGGCGUCCCGGACAAACAGGAAGUUAACAACAUGUCAGGGUCAGUGGGAGAGUUAUUUAGCUAGCUUACUUGUAGCUUGGUAUUUAAAAUGGUUGAAUUUAUUGCUUACUAGCUGACUAGCCAGGUCUUGACUAAUUGAAGGUAGCUCAGGAAAUGAACUCUGACUAGUGUUAAUAGCAGCGUGCCACAGCCUGUCGCAAUUCAUAAUGUUUAUCGUAUGGCUUAAUAUUUGUAGCUAUCGCAUUUUAGGAAUAUAGCUAGCUAGUUAGAUAGCUAGCUAGCUACAUUUUGAUAGGAUAAGGUUUAACCUUAACCUGCCUUCCCAGUUUGCCAUAAAAUAGAUAACUAGAGCUAGCUGGCUAGCAAACAUAUUUUGAAGCUGGGGGUAACAGCGGGAGCUUCGGUAUUUAUUUACAUAAAUUAUGGAGGGAGUUCUGUACAAAUGGACAAAUUACAUCACUGGUUGGCAACCUCGCUGGUUCGUACUGGGAAAUGGUAUUCUUUCAUAUUAUGAUUCUCAGGAUGAUGUCCGUAAAGGCAGCAAAGGAAGUAUUAAAAUGUCGGUCUGUGAAAUUAAAGUUCACCCGACUGACAAUACCAGACUGGAGCUCAUCAUUCCGGGAGAGCAGCAUUUUUACGUGAAGGCUGUCAAUGCGGCCGAGAGACAGAAGUGGCUGGUGGUUCUAGGAAGUUCAAAAGCCUGUUUGAUUGACACCAGAACGAAAAAAGAAAAAGAUAUCACAGAAACCACAGAGACUUUGAAAACAAAGAUGUCGGAGCUGCGACUCUACUGUGAUUUACUUACACAGCAGGUCCACACCAUACAGAGAUCUGCUGAUUACGAAGAAGCCGACCACACAACGUCCAGUACAGAGACCUUAAAUGACGCCUCUUCCUUACUGAGUGCCACAUGCAAUACCUUUAUUAAAACACUGGAAGAAUGUAUGAAAAUCGCCAACGCCAAGUUCAAGCCGGAAAUGUUCCAUUCCACCUCGGCGGCCUCCGUCAUCGCACCCGUCUCCUCUUCCCCACUGCAUACGGCACGGAUGAAGCGAUCCAUCAGCCACCCAGGGACGUACAGUUUUGACAGGAUGAGUCACUCGCCAAAGGAGUGUGCGUAUUCUCACCAGCGGCUAGGCCAACGGCGCUCCCGCACGUGCUCAGACACAGAGUCCCACAGCGACGGCUGCACGGAGGAGCCAGACCGGCAUGGUCUGUGUGCCAAGGCCGUCGUCAACGGAGACUCGUCUUCGGUGAUUCCAGAGGAGGCCAGCGCCAGCACCAGGAUCUGAGACACCUGUCUGUCUGCACCAUGUGAUCUCGGCCCUUAGAACACGUUACUGAUAUUACAGGAAGUACACUUAUUUCCUGUACACGCAUUGCUCUGCACUUUAAAUAAUGUAUGUAAAAAAAUAUCUUAUUUUAAUAUUCCCAACUUUUUUUUUUAACAUUUAUGAAUAUGGCAGAAUCUGUGUAAGCUGUGAUGUAAUUUUAUGGUUGUUACUGAGUACAGUGAAGUUUGCAGAGGUGAACCUGGCGUGUUUUACACAGCGCUGUGGUGUGUGGUUAGCCGUGCCUGAGGGAGAGAGCUCUGACUGGCCUUUCUAAGCCUAGGCAUGCCACAGCCUCACACUUAUGUACAGUAAGAGAAUGAAGUCACGAUUAUCACGUCCAUCAUUAAAACCUGCUUUAACAGUGAUGUAAUGCACUGAAUCAAAGAGUCUCCA